AUGGGCAGUCUAAAGUACGGAUCGCCAGACGACUUUCGGCGCGGUAUCGAGGAGCUGAAGGCGUCGUUUGAUCGUGAAGACGUGGUGUCGACAAACCCGGAUGACCUUCUCAUCCACGGCUUCUCUCCAAAUGUCUGGCAUCCAGGCGUCCCACACAGCGUUGUCGUGUAUCCGUUGUCUACAGAAGAUGUGGUGAAGAUCGUGAAGGUCGCAAACAAGUACCGAAUGCCGGUCAUACCUUACUCUGGCGCUACCAGCUUGGAAGGGCAGUUCGUCGGCCACGUUGGUGGGGGCAUAUGCGUCGACGUAUCUAGGAUGGACAAAAUUCUCGAGAUACAUGAGGCUGAUUCAGAUCUAAUAUGCCAACCCGGCGUGGGCUGGAUGGAAAUAAACGAGACUCUAAAAGAGAGCGGUACACCCCUUUUCUUUCCUCUCGACCCUGCACCCAGUGCUACGAUCGGCGGAAUGUUGAGCACAGGAUGCUCUGGAACCAACGCUGUCCGAUAUGGAACUGCAAAGGCAGAAUGGUUCCUCAACGCGACCGUUGUGCUCCCUUCAGGCGAAGUCAUCAAAACUAGGAGUCGUUCUCGUAAAUCAUCUGCAGGGUUUGAUCUAACCAAGUUGUUCAUUGGUGCAGAAGGGACCCUGGGCAUAAUCACCGAGGUCACAAUCCGUCUGGCGCCUGCCCUUCCCACAACCGUAGCGAUAGCCCAGUUCCCGGACGUGCGCAAGGCUACAGAGGCUGUCAUCGAGAUCCUCAACAAGGGUGUCGGCAUCCAAUGCGUCGAGCUCCUGGACUCCGCCUUCAUGGAUGCGACGAACCUCUACGGCCCCUCGUCCCGCAAGUACACUGUCGCUGACCACCUCUUCUUCAAGCUGCAGGGCCCCUCUGCAUCCUCCCUCGCUGAGACCGCGCGCAUCGUGAAGACCGUGGUGCAGAAGCACGGAGGGACGAACUGGAGCCUCGCCGAGAACGAGAAGGAGGCUGACGACUUAUGGGCGGAUCGCAAGAACGCACAUUAUUCGGGCCUGGCAUACGGCGGCGUUGGGUGUAAAGGAUGGAGCACGGACGUGUGUGUGCCAAUCUCCAAGCUUCCGGAUUUGGUGUAUGAGACGCAGAAGGAUAUCGAGCAGUCUGGGAUAAAGUACACGAUCGUCGGGCAUGCUGGCGAUGGAAAUUUUCACAGCCUGCUUCUUUUCAAGACGGACGAGGAGCUGAAGGUUGUGCGAGGGCUUGUGCAUCGGAUGGUCGAACGCGCUAUCGCCCUCGACGGAACAUGUACCGGCGAGCAUGGCGUUGGGAUUGGCAAGAAAGAGUUCUUGUAUGAGGAGCUGGGGGAAGGCACGGUCGAGCUGAUGAAGACUAUCAAGAGAGCAGUUGAUCCUCUGGGCCUGUUCAAUCCCGGUAAAGUCAAGUUCGUCGAGGUGAGCUUCGUGAGAGAAAUCGAAGGACGUAGCUCUCUUCGUGAAAAUAUGAUCAAGGAACCUGGCCUGAUAGACAAUAGUACAAGGUUGUUUUCUCCAUAUAAACGACCUUCUACAUUUCAAAAGUAG